AUGAGCACGGAAUCCCUCCUGAAACUGCCCCUUCCUGCGGACACCGAGGAUGAUGAUGAUGAUAAUGAUGAAUCGGACAUGGACGACGAGACAAACACGAAUACGAACCUGGAUGGCGAUGAUGAUAAGGAUGCUAAUACUGAUAAUGUUGAUAAUGACGAUAAUGAUGAAAAUGACGAUUACGAUGAUAACGAUGAUAAUGAUGAAAAUGAUCAUAGUGGUGACGACAAAGAGUCACAGCAAUCGGAAGUGGACCAAAUGGACCCAGCCGACUACCUAGACCUUGGCGAGGAUGAAUAUCCCAGCGAUGAUGGUGAUUCCUUCGCUACUGUCUCGAGGCGGAGCUGCCCUUCGCCUGCUCCUCGUCCCGUGCGACUUUCACUCAGGAAAGACAAACGACCUGAGAACCGCAAUGAAUCUGCUGGUGCCGUGGCACACGACGCAGACGCUUUAUAUAAAUUGGCAGUGCUUCCCACCAGGGGCUCUCCAUCUUAUUAA